AUGAAGGAAGGUACCUACGCACAGGUGGUGGAGGCGGCUCAGAAGGCUGAAAGUGUAGAUAACAAGAGGAAAGGCCUCCAUGUUCGAAACCUAGCUACACCAGCAACGAUGCCAUGGCUGAGACGGAAAAACUACAUACCUAGUAAAAGGUCGGGUUUUCAACCAAGAAAUCCAGCUGGGCAACCUGUUAGGCAUGUUAGACCCCCCGGACCUUGGAGACCACCAAGACCAGUUGCUCCACAGCCACAAAUGGCAUACAGAGAUCAGUUGUUGGACAACAUCACGGAGAUGCUUUUGUUGUGGUAG